ACUAAAAUCAUGUUCCUCUAUGCACCUUCACAUAAGCGCUAUGGGGAUGACCAGUCAAAUGCAGGUCAUCUAGGAGUGAACAGCGGAGAGGAAAUCCAGCUGACCACCACCAUCACGCACGUGGACGGGCCCACAGAAAUCUACAGGAUGACGGGAAAGGAGUCGCAAGAAUAACCCCAAUAGCACAGCCUCCAUUCAUGAAUCGGAAGAUACACACAGUCCACUUGGCAUGUAAGUACAAGGACCAGUCAACCAGACAGCUCUUCAACUACUGACAAGUAUUUAUCUGCAACGGGGAAAACUUGAGAAGAUGCCAGAACAAAGUAAUGAUUAUAGAGUGGUGGUGUUCGGAGCAGCCGGGGUUGGGAAGAGCUCCUUAGUCCUACGGUUUGUCAGAGGCACUUUCCGAGAGACCUACAUCCCAACUGUAGAAGACACUUACAGACAGGUGAUCAGCUGUGAUAAAAACAUCUGCACCCUCCAGAUCACAGACACGACGGGGAGCCAUCAGUUCCCUGCCAUGCAGAGGCUGUCCAUGUCCAAGGGCCAUGCCUUCAUCUUGGUCUACUCGGUCAGCAGCAAGCAGUCGAUGGAAGAACUGCAGCCCAUCUACGAGCAGAUCUGCCAGAUCAAGGGGGACACACAGAACAUUCCCAUCAUGCUGGUGGGAAACAAGUGCGACGAGGCUCAGAGAGAGGUGGAGGCCAGUGUGGGGGAGAGCCUGGCCAGCAAGUGGAAGUGCUCCUUCAUGGAGACUUCAGCCAAAAUGAACUACAAUGUGCAGGAGCUUUUUCAAGAGCUGCUGAACCUGGAAAAGAGGAGGACGGUGAGUCUGCAGUUGGAUGGAAAGAAAUCAAAGCAACUAAAGAAAAAAGAGCGUCUGAAAGGGAAAUGCUCUCUCAUGUAAUCCCAUGUAACAUAAAUGCCCACUGCUGGGUAUGCUUCACUGCAUGGUAUCAUUGAGCCAUGCACGGGUAAAAGACUUGCCUAUUUUACAAAUGACAGUAAAGCACGCACAGUACAUCCUGCUGGACUGCGGCAGACAAGAGAAGAACAAAACUGCUUUAAAUGUGUGUAGGUCUUCAUUGGCUCAUCCUGGUAACUAUCGUUAAACUGUCAUUACCAUAUCUGCUAUAAACAUGUGCACUUGGAGCAGAGACUGGGGCUUUUUUUUAAUUUAACCAAUGCUUUUGUUAUAUGAAUACAAUGUAAUCAGAUUUUGCAUAUACACGUUUAUGCAGCUUUUAGAAAUGUCGAACUAAAGCAUGCAUUUAAUACACAUUUGCAUGGGAUUAAAAUUACGCACACCCUUUUUUAAAAGAAUAUCUUGAAUGUUGAGUAAAAUCUCUUCAGCCCCUUAACCGUUUGCACUGUGUUUUCAUUUUUAUAUUGUAUAGAGACUCCCACGGCACUUAAAGCAUCCAUUCAUUUUCCUGCACAAUCAUGAAAUGACUAAGCCUAAGGGGCCUUGUCCAGGUUCAUUCAGAAUGUCAGGGUCUCUCUCUGCCUCAUUUUUCAUGA